AUGUCUUCGGGACCUAAAUAUAUGCGAUACUUGCUCUUUGCCGUGGCGGGGUUGGCAGUAUUCUUCUUAAUCUCCCGCAGCGCAAUUCCCAUCCCCGAAAAUAUCGGAUCGAAGUUGAACCCCGCGAACUACAAAAAUACCGUCUCACCAUCUGACAAAGCGCAUAAUGACGCUGCGCCACAAAAACCGCCGGUGAAGGACAUUUCGGGAAGCGCGAAUGCUGCGCCAGUUGGCCGUGUAAAUGCGACAUUUGUCACGCUGGCUCGCAAUUCCGAUGUCUGGGAUAUAGCGAAGUCGAUCCGGCAGGUCGAGGAUCGCUUCAACCGUAACUACCAUUAUGAUUGGGUCUUUCUCAACGACAAGCCAUUUGACGACACUUUUAAGAAGGUCACUACGUCACUGGUGUCUGGAAAUACAUUCUAUGGUGAAAUUCCCCACGAGCACUGGUCGUACCCUGAUUGGAUUGAUCAGGACAAGGCCAAGAAGGUUCGAGAGGAAAUGGGACAGAAGAAGAUCAUCUAUGGUGACUCCGAGAGCUAUCGCCACAUGUGCCGCUACGAGUCCGGUUUCUUCUUCCGCCAUCCCCUGAUGCUGAACUACGAGUACUACUGGCGUGUAGAACCCAGCAUUGAGCUUUACUGCGAUAUCAGCUUCGACCCAUUCCGGUUCAUGAAGGAACAGAACAAGAAGUACAGUUUCGUCCUUAGUUUGUAUGAAUAUUACGACACCAUCCCCAGUCUGUGGGAUAGCGUCAAGAAGUUCAUUGGCAAUCACCCCGAGCACAUUGCAGAGGGAAAUGCGAUGGAUUUCUUGAGUGAUGAUGGAGGGAAGACAUACAACAAAUGUCACUUUUGGUCCAACUUUGAGAUUGGAAGCUUGGAGUGGCUGAGAUCGAAGCAGUAUAUUGACUACUUCGAUGCUCUUGAUCACGACGGUGGCUUCUUCUAUGAGCGAUGGGGAGACGCCCCAGUCCACUCCAUUGCGGCCGGCAUCAUGCUCAAGAAGGAAGAGAUUCAUUUUUUCAACGAGAUUGCAUACUACCACAUUCCCUUCACACAUUGCCCAACCAGUGAGCAGAUGAGGCUGGACCUGAAAUGCCACUGUGAUCCUAGUGAGAAUUUCGAUUGGAAGGGAUAUUCCUGCACAUCCCGGUGGUUCCAGAUCAAUGAUAUGGAGAAGCCAGAGGGCGCUGAAGAUCAGAGUUGA